GGUACGUUAUUACGUCAUCAACUUGCGAAAAAAAAUGCUUUUCACCAACAACUUGGUUGAUCGCGUCUCAGCUGGGUACUCCAGCUACGGCUGCCAAUCGUUAGUUUCAUUCUAUAUCAAGGUGGCUACAAAAAUAUAAUUCCUGUUUUAUUGAGGCAUUUAAUCGGUGGAGUAAAAUCGUUUGGUACAAUGACGAAUUAUGCUCAUUUUCAAACGCAAAUUACCACCGUUAUGGAAAUCUUGACAAAGUCAGCGAUAGAAGAAAUUGCCAAACUUUUUGACGACAGUUGCUCAGUUUUAUGUUUGAAAAUAGCGAGGAGUUUAAAUGAGAAUGAAGCGUUUAAAAAGUUGUUGCAGCAGGACCUGAGGAUGGAGCCACGGCGAAAAGAGGAAAUGUCAGGACCGCGUGAGAAUCCUAUCAACACUCGAUCCGUUGGCGUCCAGGUUUUCGUGGAAGAGCAAUGCAGAGAGAGAGUCUUUGGGCAGGAGUGCAGCUUCAAUCUGAGAAGUGAUGGAGAACCUGCAGGUGUGGAAGAGUCUCACAAACUGCUGGGCUCCUCUGUUGCAGUCUGCAAAUGUGGAGAAGGUCAGGACUGAACCAGUUCUUAUCAAGCAGGAGAAACUGGAAGAGGGCUUGUGUUGCAGAGAUCCACAACCCACACCUGUGGAAGAACAACGGCUAACACAUCCCACACCUGGAGACGAUGGGAAGAAACCAGACACAGAGCCAACACCUGUAGGAGACCCAGAGGAGCUGAGUGAGCAGCACAGGUGUGGACACCGUGAUGAGGAGCUCAGUGGACUGGAGUUUGUGGUGAAGGCAGAGCAAGAGGAAGAACAUGUAGCCCAGAGACUCAAUCAGACAGGAUGUGAACACAGUGCAGGAAGACUCAACAAUCUGGGCUCUGAGUAUGUAAUGUAUGAGAGAGACAGUCAGCUAUGGACUUCCUUUACCCAAGAGGACAGUGAUGUAGACACUGAUGAUCCAGUGUGUUCUAAUGCUACAGAGCAUUGCUCACAGAAUCUGUCAGUUCACACACGGCUGCAACAUGUUUCUGCCACCAUGGAAGUCUCUGGAAACACACUGUCCUCUUUUGGGGCUUCAUAUGUUGAGGAGUUUGAUAAGAUGGGUGAGAAGCUGUCUGCUUGCAGUGAGGAGCUCAGAUCAGAGGCCAUUCACACACAGCAGGGUCAGUACAGAGAGAGACUUGUGCACACAGUGGAGAGAGAGAAUCGGACAUUACUGCCCCAGCAGCAGCAACAUGGAGCCUCAGUAAAACACAUGAGAGGCGGUGAGAGCCCAGCCCAGCCACACUCAGGCUCUCAGUAUGAGACCAGCUCUACUCUGAGUGCCUGUGCUUUCAACACUGGGAUGAUGGACAAAACUAAAGAACAAGCUGACUUUGGAAAGAAACUGUUCAUUUGCACAUAUUGUGGAAAGACUUUUAAUCGCUGUAGUUAUCUCACCUCACAUCACCGAAUUCACACAGGAGAGAAACCGUACAGCUGCACACAGUGUGGGAAGUGUUUCAGUCUCAAAGGUAAUCUUGUAAAACAUGAGAGGGUUCACAGCGGGAAUAAACCAUUUGGUUGCACACUGUGUGGGAGGAGAUUUGCUCAGGGAGCUAACCUUAGAGCACACCAGAGGAUUCAUACAGGAGAGAGACCAUAUCCCUGCACACUGUGUGGGAAGAGUUUUGCUCAACAGGCCACUCUUAUUGUGCACCAAAGAAUUCAUACAGGAGAGAGACAUCACUGCACCCUGUGUGGGAAGAGUUUCUCUAAGAAGUCUACUCUUGCUGCACACGAGAGGAUUCACACAAGAGUGAAACCAUAGAGCUGUAACUACUGUGAGAAUAUAGUUUUAAAUUAUUAUUUUAAAGCCCUUCAAAUUCUUCAGGUUUCACUGUUGAAAUAAACAGCAUUCAUUGAAACGCUAUGUAUUUGGCACAAUAUUUGAGUUAAAACAUGUGACUACAUCAAGCACGAGUGUUUCCAUUCAUGUGGCUGUAAUAAAAUUAAACGUGUUUAAAUUAAAA